AUGGCGCCGACCUACGCUGGCCUGUCGGGCAGGAAACUGUCCCUGGCCGUCUCGACAAUUGCGACGAUGGGUUUCUUGCUGUUCGGUUAUGAUCAGGGUGUCAUGUCCGGUAUUAUCAGUGAUACCGCGUUCGAAGACCUCUUCACUGCCACCAAGAACAACUCUACCAUGCAGGCCUUGGUUACAUCCGUUUAUGAAUUAGGUUGUCUGGUGGGCGCUAUGUUCGCGCUCUUCUUCGGUGACAAGACUGGACGUAAAUGGAUGAUCUUCUCGGGUGCCAUUGUCAUGAUUAUCGGUGUCGUCAUUCAGGUCACCUCGUAUGCCGGUCACAUUCCUCUUCUGCAGUUCUUCAUUGGUCGUGUCAUCACCGGUAUCGGUAACGGCAUGAACACUUCCACUAUCCCGACCUACCAGGCCGAGUGCUCCAAGACUAGCAACCGUGGUCUGCUCAUUUGUAUCGAGGGUGGUAUCAUUGCCAUCGGUACUGCGAUUGCCUACUGGAUUGACUACGGUGCCCACUUCGGUAACAAGGACCUGGUGUGGCGUUUCCCCAUUGCUUUCCAGAUCUUCUUCGGUCUCAUCAUCAUCGUCGGCAUGUGGUUCCUUCCCGACUCCCCCCGUUACCUCAUCUCCAAGGACCGCGUCCAGGAGGGUGAGUACGUGCUUGCCGCCCUGGGUGGUUGGGAGAUCCACGACCACGAGACCCAGCUCCAGAAGCAGCUGGUCAUUGACUCCAUCAGAGCUUCGAACGCCGCUGGCAAGGACGUCGGAUAUCGUGACCUUCUCACUGGUGGCCGCUCCCAGCACUUCCGUCGUAUGAUCAUCGGUUCCUCCUCGCAGAUUUUCCAGCAGCUCGGUGGUUGCAACGCUGUCAUCUACUACCUGCCUGUGUUGCUCCAGGAUUCCCUUCACGAGACUGAGAACUUCUCCCUGGUCAUUGGUGGUGUCAACAUGAUUGUCUACGCCAUCUUUGCCACCUUCUCCUGGUUCUUCAUUGAGAAGAUCGGUCGUCGCAAGCUCUUCCUGGGUGGAUCCUUCCUUCAGUGCAUUGCCAUGGUUAUCACCUUUGCCUGUUUGAUCCCUGGUGACCAGGAGACUGCCAAGGGUGCUGUCUUCGGUCUGUUCCUCUACAUGGCCGCUUUCGGUGCCGCUUGGUUGCCUCUGCCCUGGUUGUACCCUGCUGAGCUGUCCCCCAUCAAGACUCGUGCCAAGGCCAACGCUGUCUCGACCUGCAGCAACUGGCUCUUCAACUUCCUGAUUGUCAUGAUCACCCCCGUCAUGGUCUCCCACAUUGGCUGGGGUACCUACCUGUUCUUCGCCGUCUUGAACGGUCUGUUCAUCCCGUUCAUCUGGUUCUUCUACCCUGAGACCGCCAACCGCUCUCUGGAGGAGAUCGAUAUCAUCUUCGCCAAGGGUUACACCGAGAACAUCAGCUACGUGCGCGCUGCCCACGAGCUGCCCAAGCUCACCGACGACGAAGUCGAGCAGAAGGCCAUCGAGUACGGCUUCGGAGGUGCCAGCGACGAGGAGAAGGUUACCACCGCCGAGGUCUCGGGCUCCAACUCCGCCCGCGAGUCGGAGUAA